UGUGGACCAGCUCAACAAAUAACAUGAGUAAUUGGAUUUUCUUGUUAUUAAAAGCAAUGCUUAGCUUCGUCUGUAUCCUAGCAUCGUCCAAUAUCUCCAAUUAAGUCGUGUGACAAGAAUACUAAAUACAAACCCAAACUAUCACAUAAUCCACACUGAAAAUAAACACUACCGUCCCGCUAAUUCGCCGUCAACAAAACCUAUUUGAGAGCACGUGGAGAACGACCAGGCGUGGCCUCGGAAGAAGGGCGGGAACUGUCCCUCUGAUUGACAGCCGGGCUAACGCGCAGGCGCACUAACAACGGCAGCCCAAGAUGGCGGCGAUGGCGGGAGCCGACGGAGCGCCGCCGGUAGCUUCCUCAGCGGCACCGCCGCCGGCGGAGGACCCUGAGUCCUCAGCUCCAACUUCCGCCGCCUUGGCUUCGGCACCUUUGAGCGCGGCCCGGCCAGCUCGGCUCCCGUUAGCGCGGGUGAAGGCGCUGGUCAAGGCGGACCCCGACGUCACGCUCGCCAGCCAAGAAGCCGUUUUCAUCUUGGCGCGCGCCACGGAGUUGUUUGUGGAAACGAUUGCAAAAGAUGCCUACAUCUAUGCCCAGCAAGGAAAAAGGAAAACCCUACAGAGGAAAGAUCUAGACAAUGCCAUCGAAGCAAUAGAUGAAUUUGCCUUUCUGGAAGGUACGCUGGACUGAAGAGAGCAAAGGGCAGUCUCUGGAAGGAAAAAGAACCUGGCUGAGCUGAAGAGUCGGAGGGACGAUACCCUUUGAGAAGGCAGAAGAUCCGUGUCUGUCUGCCAGCCCACUGGGUCCAAAGUAGUCCUGAAAUGGGAAGCUUUCCCCAGGUUUAAGCAUGAAAUGGGAAACUUUUCCCCAGUAUACUAUAGUGGUUUGUACAAAGUUUAUGCACUUUCAAUACACACAUUUUUCCCCCGUUA